GGUCUAUCUUCAAAUUCUUGCUUCUGUUUCAACAGGAAGAAGCAGGCAGAUUUGAACAUCUCUUUUCGAGCUUCUCUGAUCAUCAUGAUGAAGCUUAGACACAAAAACAAAAAACCAGGUAAAGGUUCUAAAGGCUGUAAGAAGCCCGCAAGGCAAAAUGGGAAGAAAGUAACGUCCAGACCAUCAUCUGCUCCCCAGAUUGUUCAUGGCAAUGACCAUGCCAGUCGGGAGGCCGAAUUAAAGAAGAAAAGGGUUGAAGAGAUGAGGGAGAAGCAGCAGGUUGCUCGGGAGCAAGAGAGACAAAGACACAGGACCAUGGAGAGCUAUUGUCAGGAUGUCCUGAAACGUCAGCAGGAGUUUGAACAAAAGGAAGAAGUUUUGCAGGAAUUAAAUAUGUUUCCUCAGUUGGAUGAUGAGGCCACAAGGAAGGCCUAUUAUAAGGAAUUCCGGAAGGUGGUAGAGUACUCUGAUGUGAUUCUGGAAGUCCUAGAUGCCAGAGACCCAUUGGGCUGCCGGUGUUUCCAGAUGGAGGAGACUGUCCUCCGUGCAGAAGGCAACAAGAAGCUGGUCUUGGUCUUGAAUAAGAUAGACCUGGUUCCCAAGGAGAUUGUGGAAAAGUGGCUGGAAUACCUUCGCAAUGAACUGCCGACUGUGGCUUUCAAGGCCAGCACACAGCAUCAUCAGGUCAAAAACUUGGUAAGCUUUAAGUUACGGUGUCUAGCCUCUUCCAUUGUGGUUUGGGGCCAUGGUUGUAGGUGUUAAGAUUUGGAUUGGGCUUUCAAGUUUGAGGUAUUUUCUCUAGUGGGUGACUUGUUAAUUUUUAUUCCAACUUCUUCCUGUGUUAUUGCCCUUCAGAAAGCAUGCUUUUCUCCACCUGUGAGGGUGUAAUGAUGCAUGCUAUCUAUAAAAGGUCUGGAAAAUAGAGUUAACUACUUCUUAACUCUUCAAAAAUGUCCAUUU